AUGGCACUCUUCAUUUACGGCAUUGGUGUAUCGAUCCUAAGUUUCUUCAUAUAUGCUAAGAUGAUAAUAGGAGGACGGAAAUACGAAAUUUCACCGGAGGAUUACGUUUUUGCAGCAGUGAUGCUCUUUAUCGACAUUUAUAAUUUAUUCAUCGUAAUUUUGAGCCUGUUCAAUUCUGGUGAAUAA